AUAAUUUAAUAUUUAUCAAUAAUAAAUAUUUUAUCCUCUGAUCGCUUCUCGUUAAUCAUUAAUUAAUUACUCAUUAUACUACGCACAAGUUACGGUGACGUUUUUUCUCCAACAUUUUGUUUAUCUAAUCCUACUGUGCUUUUUAAUUGAUUAAAAAUCGAUAAUAAUUUUAGUAAAUUAAAAAUGUUGGAUUCACAUGAUGCCAAUCGACCCGAGUUGCUCGAAGAAGUACGAUUGUUUCGUAAUGCUCGUGAACGUGAAAAGUAUGAUAACAUGGCUGACUUCUAUGCACUGGUAAACACAUUGCAGCACUUAGAAAAGGCAUACAUACGUGAUUGUGUCACUCCUAAAGAAUACACAGCAGCGUGUUCUAAGCUGCUUGUCCAGUGCAAAGCUUCUUUUAAACAAAUUCAAGGUGAUGAUUUUCCAUCGGUUGAGUCAUUUGUUAAAAAGUAUAAAUUAGAUUGUCCAGCAGCUUUAGAGCGUAUUAAGGAAGAUCGUCCAAUCACUAUUAAAGAUGACAAAGGCAAUACUAGUAAAUGUAUUGCAGACAUUGUGUCCAUGUUUAUAACAAUAAUGGACAAGCUUAGGUUGGAUAUUAAAGCAAUGGAUGAACUUCAACCUGACCUUCGUGAUUUAAUGGAUACCAUGAACAGACUUAGUAUUUUACCAGCUGAUUUUGAAGGCAAACAAAAAGUAUCUGAUUGGCUAACUUCUCUAUCAUCUAUGAAUGCAUCUGAUGAAUUAAAUGAAAGUCAAGUGAGACAAUUGAUUUUUGAUCUUGAAUCAUCUUACAAUGCAUUCAACAAAGUGCUCCAUCAGUCAAUUUAGUCUAGUUUGUAACCAUAAAUAUAAUCAAAUAUAAAUAAAUCAUAAUAAUUGAAUAAUCAUAUAUAAGAA